AUGGGAAAAUUUGAAAAGAUGAUAUUUUGGUACAUUCUAUUACUUUUUCCCUCCAUAGUAUUAGGCAAGUGUACUUGUGAUCCGGAUAACGAUGAUGAAGAAAAAAGUAAAACCAAGACAGUACUUUACUAUAAAGUGGGAGCCAUCGCUUCCAUUUUGGUAGCAAGUGCAAUUGGGGUGUGUAUUCCUGUAUUUGGAAAAGCAAUACCGGCCUUAAGCCCAGAGAGGAAUUUCUUCUUUAUAAUCAAAGCUUUUGCGGCUGGUGUGAUCCUAUCAACGGGGUUUAUACACGUACUCCCUGAUGCAUUUGAUAAAUUAGCAUCACCAUAUUUGAAAGUGCGGCCGUGGAAAGAUUUUCCUUUCAGUGGAUUUAUUGCAAUGGUUUCAGCAAUAGCGACUCUGAUGGUGGAUACUUAUGCAACUUCGUAUUACAAUAAGAAAAAAUUGAAAAAUGGAGUGGUGGUUCAGUCCGGAGAUGAAGAAGCAGUUACUCAUACUCAAUCGCAUGUCCAUGCACAUAGUUCAGUACCGAUGAUGAUGGGUGAUUCUAUCUCCGAGCUCCUUCGUUAUCGUGUUAUUUCUCAAGUUUUGGAAGUGGGAAUAAUAGUACACUCUGUCAUAAUUGGAAUAGCUUUGGGUGCUUCUGGAAAUCUCAAAACUAUAAGGACUCUUUUUGUUGCUUUGACUUUUCAUCAAUUUUUCGAAGGCAUGGGACUUGGUGGAUCCAUUGCUCAGGCAAAAUUCAAAUCCCGUGCUGUGACUAUAAUGGCUUUAUUUUUUUCGCUCACAACUCCAAUCGGAAUUGCAAUAGGACUAGCAAUAACAAAAGGAUACAAUGAAAACGAUCGAAAAGCUCUCAUUAUGGAAGGAAUAUUUAAUUCGGCUUCAGCUGGCAUCCUAAUUUAUAUGUCACUCGUUGAUUUAUUAGCUGCCGAUUUUAUGCAUCCAAGAAUGCAAGGCAAUGGAGAACUUCAAUUAGGGGCUAAUAUUUCACUUCUUCUUGGUGCUGGCCUCAUGUCAGUCAUAGCCUUAUGGGCUUAAUUCAUCUAACACAAAUUAUUAUUAUCAAUUUCACA